GAUGCAACCCAGUCGUAACUAGGCAAGUUGCAUCGAUAUUCGUCCGGGUUGCAUCAGUAUUCUGAGUCGUUCAACAACAGAAUCCAAAGAUUGCAGACUACAGAGAGUAGACUACGAAAGGAGAGAGAGGGAAACAACAUGCAAAGAUUUUCUUGUUUUCUUAUUCAGUUCACAAAAAUGUAAGUAUUUUGCAUGCGAUCAUCAUCUUAUCUUUAACUCGUGUCUAGAUACCCGGCAACCGCGAACUGUAUACUCGGCAGUCAGAACUUUUGACCAAUUUUCUCGAAAUAGCUCGUUUAAUUCCUCUAAGAACAUAAGAUAUUUGUUUAGAAAUACCAAGCGAUUAUAAAUAUUGCCUUGGGUUAAAAGUAGAAGCGACUGUCGAGCUUGGGCAUAGAAUGAAAUCUCAAUGUUUUCAACACUUAGAAAAUAUUCAAGUUCUGACACACUAAGUCAACUCCCGAUUAAUAUCUACAGAAGACCACAGAAAUUAUCAGCGAAACCUCACCAGAGUAUUUAGUGUUUGUUCAGAAAUGCCAAGCGAUUCUAAAUAAAGGUUUCGUGUUGUUGUGAACAAAUUCUCCGCGCUUGCAUUAAGCAUAUUCUUUAGAAUCUUGACUCACGGGUACGGUUUUCAAAAUACUAGAUGCCCGGCAGUCGGAAAUUCACGUCCGAUUUACACGAAAUAUCUCAUUGAAUUUGUGUAAAAACAUCAGAAAGUUGUUUAGAAAACUCAAGCGAUUUCAAAUACUGCUUUGGGCUUGAAGUAGGGGCAACCGUCGAGCCCGUUUAGACUUUCCCCCUCGCCCCCACUAUCUGCCCCUGGGUCUCUGAGCAUGAUUCAACCAGCCACGUGCUUUAACAUUAAAACGGCGGUUGUUGCGAAAACUAAGACCCCCCGAAAACUAAGACCUAAGACCUAAGACCCGAAAACUAAGACCCGAAAACGAAGACCCGAAAACUAAGACCCCCUUAUUUUCUUUCGUCUCAAAUUGUCUACUCAAUUAAAGUACCUGCCAAUUGAAAAUUUCGACCUCAUGCUUGUGUUUUUUUGCUUUAUGGUUAGUGAAAACAAGGCUUUUUACAUGUUUUUAUGAAACGCAUUUUACAGUUGAGUUGUCUGAUUGUCUUAACACCAAUGUUAUGUAAACUUCCAUUGCUACAUUUUGUGCAGUCUCUAAGUGUCCUCAACAAUAAGAUGCUUUAAAAAAGCUUGAUCAUUUGUCACUAAUGUAGUUAAAUUACAUUGUGUUUUUUUUUUCUCUGACUUCAGUAGAGACAUCAUUGCUGGUGGUCUGUAGUGUUGGAGAAACCUGUUGCACAAACUAGCACUCUUGAAAAGUUGUGGCUGCCUCGCUUAGUGAGUCAAGUAAGUGAACAACAGUGAACAGAGAAAAUAUUAUUUAACCAACCUGCCUCUUGGACAAAAUGGCAUCAGCAGCCCCUUUGUCUGACUUUGAAGAAUAUGAACACUUAAAAAAAAAAGUGAUAGAACAAAAGAAGCUUCCUGGAGAGGUCAGUCCAGCUGAUCUGUACAAACUGGCCGUACUCAUGUCGCGAUGGGCAGCAACUGAUCGCCUGCCAAUGUGUCUCCUGUGUAGACAAUCAGAUAAGAAGCUCAAAAAAGGACACAUUAUUCCACAUUCAGUACUAAAAACUCUAGAGAAGAAUGGGGAACGAAGGUACAGGUACAUGGAUGUAUUUCGUGGAGCAGAAUUCAAAGGAGCGUCCAGCUGUGCAUUCUUCGUAUUUUGUGGAGAUUGUGAGGAAAUAUUUCAGCAAGGUGAAGGCUUUUUUAAUGAUAGGUUUUUUAAACCAUUGUGUGGAAAUGUUGGUGGCCAACAUGAAAUUUUAGUCACAGAAACACGAUCAGAGACCUCUUUCUCUUGGCUUUACUUCUGUUUAAUUUCUAUCAUUUGGCGAUCGUUGUGUUUCCAUCCUAGUAUUAAAUAUAACGAGACAUGUAUUAAAGUACUAGAAUACUUACGAAGUUACCUGUUAGACUGGAAGAAUGUAGAGAUAGACAGCAGAGUAAAGUUGUUCCUAUUUGCUCCGAAUUGUGAAGUUGAUAAGAAGUUAGAAGCUGGCAGUGAAGUUAAUAAGGUUUUUUUUUACGGAUGGAACUACUUUGUCAUAAAUUUCAUUAAGAUUGUCGGAAACCCAAACUUUCUUUCAGGAUCGCUUUUCCUUGGCCCUUUGCACGUAUUAAUGUUGUACAGUGAAGACAACUUCGCUUGUUUGGAGGGCUUUGAACCGUUUGAGAAGUGGAAAGAAAAUAGUUUACUUACUCCAGAAACGAAUGAAUUCACCAUAGCAGAUAAAGAGGGGAGGGUUUUUCCGGUUAUUCUUUACGAUAAAAUCAUUGAACAUGGCACGCUAAGUGCGUCAACAUUCACUAGUCGACUGCCAUCAGCUGACCAAAAUUACAACAAUUUACCAGUUGUGCACGUUGCCUUUGCGCAUUAUUUGCCAAAGGAUAUAUCUUAUGACAGGAAGAGUGACCGGUUUACCUUUAAUACGAACAUGUUUGUAGCGAAAAAUCAACGGGAACUUAAGAUGAAAGUUGUCCAAGAGGAAUGGAUGGCAAACAAAGAGCAAAGUUUAUUUGUUUCUGUAAUUCAAGAUGUUGUUAACGGUAUAGAUGAAAUUGCCAUGGGCUUAUAUGUAAACACCGAUGGGGCUGUAGAGUUCAUGAAAGGUGUAAAUGUGAGUUCAAUCGUUUGGACUCCAAAUGAUCCUCCUUUUAAAAACACAAUCGAAGGGCUCCUUGUCGAUUUACCGACUGUAACUCUGACUACUAAACCCAAAAAAGAAAAAACAAAUUCCGGCGAUACAUCUUAUGACAGGAACAGUGACCGGUUUAAUACGAACUUGCUUGUAGCGAAAUAUCAAGUGGAACUUAAGAUGAAAGUUGUCAAAGCGGAACGAAAGGCAAACAAAGAGCAAAUUUUAUUUGUUGUAGUUCCAGGUGUUGUUAAUGGUACAGGUGAAGUUGCCAUGGGCUUACAUGUAAACACCGAUGGCGCUGUAGAGUUCAUGAAAGGUGUAAAUGUCCCAAAACGUUGGAAUUCAAAUGAUCCUCCUUUUAAAAAUACAAUCGAAGGGCUCCUUAGAGAUUUACCGGCUGUAACUCGGAGUACGGAACCCAAAGAAGAACAAUCAAAUUCCGACGUUUCAAAAUAGUUCAACAAAUGCGAUGGGUAAGAGACCUGUUUAACAUACCUUUUAUUGUUGUUUUGUAGUAAUAUAUUACAUAACUGUUACAAUGAAAGCUUUUGUCCCUCGUGGUUUGUGUACGGUAGGGUUCGCUUAUCGUUUUAUGUUACAUGUACACCGUAGUCUCUCAGUUAUUGACUGCGAUGUUUCGAUAGCCUGAUUCUCAAAAGUCCGAGGUCUUUCGCGGUCCCUUCGCUAGAGGGAGAGAAGCAAAGGGACCGCGAACAACCUCGGACGUCUGAGAAUCAGGCUAAUGAUUCGACUGCUUUUCACUGGUCUUCCUUAUAGCGUGGCCGAUUACUCUUCCGCGAAUGUCGGUGAAAAACCGGUAAAGAUGCAAAAACGUGGAACACUACAAUACCCUUAGAUAAAAACACUUGCAAAAUAAUCUGUAAAUCAGUCAGAACGAGUUGUAAAAAGACUAAAUUGAAAGAAUUUCAAUUCAAAUUUUUACACAGAAUAAUUGUCAGGAGAAAAGAACUCCACAGAUUUGGAAGCAAACCUGACAGAGCUUCCUUAUGCUGUGGUGAAAACGACUCAAUCAACCACACGUUCAUUCACUGUGGCUUUUCGAAUCACUUACUGAGAACGUUAUUCGUUGGUUUAAUGAAUCCAACAACUGCAAAUUUAUACCGAAAACGAAGGAAAUUUUAUUUGGCCUUUCCAACACAGCGAGUACUUUAAACAGGAAAUUUAAUUACACCUUACUAUUCCUCCGCAAUUAUAUUUAUAAGUCUAAAUUAAGCGAAGAAGCUCUACUCCUCCCGGAAUUUGUUAAUGCAGAUCAUAAAAGACAAGAGAAAUGCCUCUGCUGUG